AUGCCUCCCGCAAACACCAUCAAAGUCAAUGUCAAGUGGAGUGGAAAGAAGUUUGACGAUAUCGAGCUGAAUCUGGACGAGCCUGGAUUGGUGUUCAAGGCGCAGCUUUUUGCCCUCACAGGAGUCGAGCCCGAUCGACAGAAGAUCAUUGCCAAAGGAGGGAUGCUCAAAGAUGACACUGACAUGACCAAACUUGGUCUGAAGGCUGGCCACAACUUUAUGAUGAUGGGAACGGCAGGGGAACUCCCCAAGGCACCAGAAAAGAAAACCCUCUUUGCAGAGGAUAUGACGGAGGCGACGCUGAACAAAGCUAUGGACAUUCCUAUCGGACUCGUCAACCUCGGUAACACAUGUUACAUGAACGCCACACUGCAAUGUCUCCGUGUUGUCCCGGAGCUCAUCCAGGACCUUCAAAAGUACUCUGGCGGCACUGACAACCUCGACGCAGGAAGCAACAUGACCGCCUCCUUGCGCGAUCUGUACAGACAGCUGAACGCCUCCGGAUACGGUGUCAUGCCUGCAGGGUUCCUUACUUACUUGCGGAAGGCGUUCCCCCAAUUCUCUCAACAAGGACGGGAUGGCGUUUGGAUGCAGCAGGAUGCAGAGGAGUGCUGGAGUCAGCUUAUUUCUACUUUGAAAGCAAAGCUUCCUCCUCACACGGAAGGGAAGCAGAACGUGAUCUCGCAGUUCAUGCAGGGCGAGUUCACAACUACUCUGAAGUGCGAUGAUGCCCCUGAGGAAGAGGCACUUGUCACCAAGGAACCCUUUGCCAAGCUCGACUGCCAUAUCUCAAGUAACGUCAACUACCUUCACAAUGGCAUUCUGGAGUCGCUAGAUCAGAAGAUUGAGAAAAACUCGGCAACACUUGGACGGUCAGCGGUGUACACAAAAUCGCAGAGGAUCUCUCGUCUCCCCGCCUACUUGACCGUCAACUUUGUUCGAUUCUUUUGGAAGCCCACAGAGCAGGUCAAGGCCAAGAUUUUGCGUAAGGUCAAGUUUCCAUUUGAGCUCGACGCCUCCCAGUUUUGCACCACUGAGCUUCAAGAUAAGCUUAGCAACACCAAGAUGAAGCUCCGGGAGCUCGAUAAUGCCGAGACUUCUCUGAAGCGUCGUCAGAGAUUGGACAAGGAGGCGGGUCGCAUGGAGACGGACGAGAUUUCCGAUGAGCAAAAGGCCGUCCAGGCUGCUCAGGCGGCAUUGGAGAGCUCUCUCGAUCCAGAAUUGGUGCAGGAUGUCGGCUGCAAUCCCUCGGGCCAGUAUGAGCUGGCGGCUGUUCUUACUCACAUUGGUCGUACCGCUGACUCGGGACAUUACAUUGGUUGGGCAAAGAAGGGCGAUACGGAUGAGUGGUACAAGUACGACGACGAAAAGGUUUCUCCAGUUCAGAAGGACGAUAUCAUGAAGCUCGACGGCGGAGGAGACUUCCAUGUCGCCUACUUAGCCCUUUACCGCUCACGAUCGUUUAAAGCCAAGUCGGAGCCCGUUAAGGCAGAAUAA